CAAAGGCACUGUCCCACCAAGCGUCUGGAGGCUCCGCUUGUCUGCAUCCAGCCAAGAUUCAACCGUCUUCUGUGUAAUAUGUCACUGCAUUGGGAUCCUCUCCAUGGCUCUUUGGAUGGCGACGUGGAGUUCUCGAGCUAUCCGUUCCUCCCUCCUGACCCUUUCGACCCGGAUCUGCUCUUCGACUUGGGAGAUGAUGCGCCUCGUGGCGGCUUUACUCAAUCGGCAUCUGCUGGUUUCACUGGGCCUGCAUUUCCUGAUGGCUACGGCAUCGCUGAUGAUGGUGUUGCUUCUGCACAGAACGAGGUCGCGGCCGUCUCCACCUUAUGUUCUCCACUUGACUUCCUCUCGGACCCUUCCUUGUCAUUGCUCAACGUGGAACUGCCUUCAGAGCCAUUCCACUCAUCGUUCGCCCAAAUCCAAGGUUCUCCUGCCGAGUUCAGUACAGCCAGUGACAACUCUUCUGGUGCGAACUGCCUUUGGAACAAUGCCCUACAGCAGCAGCAGCCUGUACAAGCGCCACCGGAGGAGCAAGUCGGGUCGACACAACCGCAGCUGGCUAAAUCUCGUGGGAGGAAAAGGAAAGGCUCCGCCUUGAGACAUGAUGUCUUGAACUCGGAUUCCAGGCCGAAUAAAGUGGUCAAAAGGGAUACCGGCGGGAGACUUCAAGGCGUCUUCCGUGUGCACGGUGCUAGCCAGAAGAUCCGGUCAUCACUCGACGAGAAAUCCCAGAGGGCUACCACGUUGACCCGAAAACUCGGGGUUUGCGACAAGUGUCGCCGCCAUAAAACACGGUGUGACAUGCCGGACAACCCAUACCAGCCUUGUGGAAGAUGCGCCAGACUCGUCACAGAUAUUCUCCGCGAUCCUUGUAUCCGAGUAGAUAUCCUUGGGAUCAACUUGCAUAGACUAGGCUCUACACUCAACAAUAAUCUGGAAACGUGGACGAAUAGGAAGCGAGACCUAGACGGCAUGCUCCAUCUGCCCACUGUCCUUGGGUCCCCGCGUACAAUCACUCUCACGCAAGAGAUCGGAGUAACACUCCAGGUCACUGUUUCGCGGUUCCAGCCUGAGGCUGGGGAUGCAAUUACCUACGGCUGGGUGGACCCUGAAGGGAACCAUAGGGAGCUCGGUAUGCCACCAUACUACAUCAGCGAUAUGUCUCAAGCAUCGAAAAACAUGCAAGAGUACGGUCGACGCUCUUGCUCUCUGUACAUUGAGUCUCUCUUGGACGGCACAAACCCUAUUAUCUGGAAGACCUUUGAGGCAGCGUGCCGCUACGUUACGGUCACAAAGAGCAGUCUUGUGUCGGAUGCGCUGAGCUUCUGGGCCGCUACUCGCCUUACCGAGCGAACAUGGCGCAUUUGUGAUAGCGACACUCUCGGAGUCGAACCAUUUGCAGAGCCGGGAAACCCGUGGAACGGAAUUGUCCCCGUCACGCCAAUCAUGGACACUCAGCUCGACGAACUUGCCAUCAAAUGCUUACUUUUGCCACUCAAGGACAAAGUUCUCCGGGGAAUAAAACGGAAAAUCGACGAAAAGAAAAGGGAGAACUGGUUCGAAAUCUUUCUUGCCACGUUUAUCGUCAUGUGUAACGUUGAAUGGAUAUUAUCGGAUGUGAUUGACUAUACUACUCGUCAUGGCAUGACGGCAAAAUCUCGAGGACGGCCAUCUCUUACCCAGGGCUAUGUUCAUGCAUGCAAGACCCUGCUAGCAUACUUCCAUUUCGCAAACAACGGCGCAGCUCCCCUAAAGCUUAAUUGGAAGAAGCCACAGGAUGCUGCUAAAAUAAUGUCUCUCGAACAGCUCACUUACUUGAACGGGCUACAGGAGGAGGUCGCUCGCCAAGAAGCAAGGCUUGGUACUCUGAAAGACCUUCCGAUGUACAAGGCUGAGAUGUACUGGUGCUUUCAGACUCUGUCUUUGGAUUGGCGAGCAGACAUGCCACAUGCCGGGCCAAUCGAUGACUUUACAGAAGAGGAUUUCUUAACAUCUUGAAAAUACUCGUGGCAGCUUCUUGAGGUAGAGACAAAAGUGCUGUGAAAAACACAUGAUAGAGCUAGUGAGAAAUGCUUGGGAGAGCAGGGCCAUAGUUGUUUCUGGCCGGGCCAACAUCGACACACUCUUCAAGGAUCUAUCAUCAACCAUGGGAAACGGCUCUUGGACCUAAUAUGAUGGCAUUGCAUGUGUACGUUCAAAAAUUUGACGAGUUUAUGAAACAUAAGGCAUAGGGAAACUACAAAUAGACAAUCGUUAAGUGAGCAAUUCAGUUCAAUCCGGUUAUUCA